CAAGACCCUGGAUUUCUAAGACCCAGAAGUUUUGGCGAUACCAUCGUUCGAGCCAACGUUCCGAAAACCCGCCGGUCGCAAGCCAACAAUCUAUUCUCUAUUCGCGAAUAUGCCGAGCUCCUGCAAAGAAAUAAGAGCCGCGUUGGCGCAAUGCCUACAGGAGUCCGAAUGUGUCAUGGUCCAGCGAAACACAGCCGCCGAUUGUCUGCGACCCCCCUUAGCCGAGACGCUACCAACCAAGUGCCAACAGCUCAAGAAGGGAUUUGGCGAAUGUCGGCGAGGUAUGAUUGACAUGCGCAAACGCUUCCGGGGCAACCAGCCCAUCACCUUUAAAACCCUCGAGGCGGCCGAGAAAGAUGGCGAGGGAUACCAGUUAUACGCCGGUCGGUCUGCCUUCUCUGGCGGUGUCCGGGCUACCGAUGGCAACGAGCCCGAGCCCAGAGACUGGCGCGAAGUUGAGAAUGAGAAAUUUCGCGCCCAGGAAGCGCAACAGCAAGACAAGAAGCAAUAAUGUGAAUGGGGUUACUGAAUUGGGGCAAGAACAAAAGUUGUACGAGUGAAAGAGGCGAGAAGUAGGCUUGCGAACUGUUACAUACUGCAUUGGGCGGCGUUCAAGUGGCAUUGAAAUUUCCCAGAGAGAUAUCCUGUGCUUAGUUUGGCCCCAAGAUAACAAGCUAGGACACCGAUAAUUAUUUAUGAGCUUUUACCUACAAGUCCCUCCUCUCCUGAUCAAAAUUGAAGGUCAACUUUGACAAGGCAUUCCUACCUGGGUACACUCUUUAGGAACGAUGCGUUUCUUGCC